ACCGCGCCGUACCACCCAGACUCCCAGUGCAGUCAGGGUUCAUUUUGGUUUGUUUACAGUCGGUAAUGGAACAGGAAGGCUGUGCGGUGUUUGAGCUGGUCAUUUUGUAUAGCGUUUUGUGACGAGCUCGUGGUAGUUCUGCGGGGAAGUGAAGACUCCUUGCGGCCCUCACCGGACCGUGGAGUUGGAGGAGCCACUAUCAAUUGCCAGCUGCAUUGUGCAUGUGCAGCAUCGGCAGUGAUGGCACCGGUGAUUGGUUCCCAGGUCCUUCGGUACGCCAGGCAGGAUAACCUAGAGGAUCUAAAAGCCAAGAUACUUGAAGGCGGUGUUUUCAAAGAAGAAGUCAAACUUCACAAGGAUGGCAAUGAUAAUCCAUUGUUGGCAAUGUUACUGAAGGAUGCCUGCAGCCACAAAGCUACUUCUGUUGUUAAGUUCUUGGCAAGCACUGUUGACAAGCACAUGCUGAACCAUCAAGGGUAUUACAGUUUGCCUACGGUAUCAACUAUACCACACUACGGUAGUGCUCUUCAUGCAGCUGUUAGUCGAGGCUCCGUGGAUUGUUUACGGUAUUUGCUCGAUGCCGGUGCGCACACAAACGUAACUGAUCUUAAUAGACGAACACCACUUCACGAUGCCACUAUGAAGAACCAGGCCGACUGCGUUCUUCAUCUUCUGCAAGCUGGAGCUAACCCAGAUGAAAGAGAUCAGGCAGGUUAUGGAACAGCCAUUUCAAUAUACUCUGCUAAUGCAUUUCCUGAAAACUAACUUUAUGAAGAAAUCAAAGUCUGUGUUGGUAAACUGCUGGAAAGUGCUCAGUGUGCCGGGUGCAGAGCUUUUUCACAAUGCUUAUUCCAAAAUUAUGUUACAACAGAUCCUGACUACACCCCUCUCUCUUUCAUUUAAAACAGUUAUUUGAAGAUUCACUCUAUGCCAUAACUCGGAGCAUCAUGUUGCUUGUGUUGUGAUUGCGGUUGGUCGGAGAGCACAUUUCUGUGAUGAAUUGAGGAGACUUCUGGAAUAAACAGGCUUAAAGCUGCCUCUUGCCCUCUUUCAUAUCAAUGUAUCCUCCACAGACGAACAUGUGGCAUUCAAUGUGUACAAUCAUCUCUCAUAGUGAGCCCUGUUCUUUGUUGGCUACUUGUUGAACAUACACUUGUGUUAUAGUGGAGAAAGACACCUCUUCACUAUGCCAAUGAGAGGGGGGC